AUGCCGUUGCUUGUCGGCAUGAGAGUCCAUCAGGUGUAUGAUGUGGAUUCCAAGACGUAUUUGAUCAGACUACACAGGCAGGAUGAGAAAUCCGUACUUGUUCUAGAGUCUGGGAAUCGAAUCCAUACAACUACAUAUGACUGGCCCAAGCAUCCUGCACCCUCAGGUUUUGCCAUGAAACUCCGAAAGCACAUCAGUAAUAAACGGUUGGAGAGCAUCACUCAGCUUGGAAUGGAUCGUAUCCUUGACCUCCAGUUUGGCUCUGGGGAAGUGGCUUUUCACAUCAUCCUUGAAUUGUAUGACCGAGGAAAUAUAGCCCUGACUGAUCAUGAAUAUACAAUUCUCAACAUAUUAAGACCAAGAGGUGAAGGAGAAGAUGUCAGGUUUCGUGUAAGUGAGAAGUAUCCCAUAAACCAAGUGCAACCCCCCAGAGGCCAAUUGACAAUUGAGAGAUUAGAAGAGAUUUUUGCAACUGCCAAAUCUGGAGAGAACUUGAAGAAAAUCCUAAAUCCACACCUGGAGUGUGGACCAGGAGUGUUGGAGCAUUGUCUGCUAUCAGCUGGCUUCCCCAAGAAUGCAGGUGUUGGAAAAGGUUUUGAUCCAAAGCAAGACUAUCCUCGAUUGGCUUCUGCAUUGCAGGAAGCUGAGGACUUUCUUCACAAAGCAGCCAGCCAACCUUUUAAGGGUUACAUCAUCCAAAAGGAGGAAGUCAGGACUGUGGCUGAGGGGGAUGAUGGAGCAGAGAAGGGGAAAUUUCUCUCUUUUCAUGAGUUUUAUCCAAUGCUUUUCAAGCAGCAUGAAGGCAUGCCCUUCUUGGAAUUUCUCACUUUUGAUCAGGCUGUAGAUGAGUUUUUCUCCAAGCUGGAGAGUCAGAAGCUUGACCUCAAAGUUGUUCAACAGGAGAAGGAAGCCAUGAAAAAGCUUCAAAACAUUCGACUGGAUCAUGAGAAACGGCUUGAGGGACUGCUAAAGACUCAAGCUCUAGAUAGGAGAAAAGCUGAGCUUAUCCAAGCAAAUUUAGAUCUAGUUGAAAAGGCAUUACUUGUGGUGAGAAGUGCAAUUGGAAACAAGAUGAGCUGGCGAAGAAUAGAUGAGCUGGUUGAAGAGGCCAAAGCAGCUGGUGAUCCUGUUGCAUCUUGCAUACAUGGACUCAAACUGGAAAUUAAUCACUUCACUAUGAGGCUCACUUAUCCAUUUGAACAUUUUGAGGGAGAGGAAGAAGAGGAUGAUGGUCUGCCUCGCAUGAUGGAUGUGGACAUUGACUUGGACCUGUCAGCUUUUGCAAAUGCAAGGAGUGCAGAAAAGAAGGCAAAACAGACUCUGAAGGAGGCUGCAACCAUUGCCCUUGUGAAAAAGUCAAGAAAAACCUUUUGGUUUGAAAAAUUCUACUGGUUCAUCAGUUCUGAGAAUUACUUGGGAUCUACUCAGAAUAACAUUCUUUCUGUCUGUUCAGUGAUAGGAGGUCGAGACCAGCAGCAGAAUGAGGUGAUAGUGAAACGUUACAUGAAGGCCAAUGACAUCUACGUUCAUGCAGAUAUUCACGGAGCAAGCAGUGUGGUCAUUAAGAACCCAUCUGGUAAUCCAGUUCCUCCCAAAACCUUGAAUGAAGCUGGUGUCAUGGCUGUCUGCUACAGUAUGGCAUGGGAGGCAAAAGUGGUGACCAGUGCAUGGUGGGUGCAUGCAACUCAGGUGUCCAAAACUGCCCCAACAGGAGAGUAUCUGACAACUGGGAGUUUCAUGAUUCGUGGGAAAAAGAGUUACCUCCUUCCUGCUCAUCUUGUCAUGGGUUUUGGAUUUCUCUUCAAGAUCACAGAAACUUCCAUUGAACUGCAUAAGGAUGAGAGGAAAAUUCGAGGUCAUGAAGAUGAUGGAAUGUCCAUGACAUCUUCUGAAUCUGAGCAGGAUAUUGAAAUACCUCUGGAUGAGGAUGAAGUUGAUGAGGAGGAACCUCAUAGUAACCAAGAAGUAAAUGAAAGCCAGCAAGAAGAGAAAGCAGAUAGUGAAAAUUUUGAAGAUGGAGAGAACCAGGAUGAAAAGCUACAAGAUGAAGAACAAAAGCAGUCAGAGGAUGAGAAAGAAAAGUCAUCAAGUGAGACCUCUGAUGGUGAGAAAGAAGGGGAAGGAGAAAAAGAAAUGAAAGAAUUUGAAUUCCCAGACACAGUUGUGGACAUCCAGCAUGUUUCUGGAGAUCGGUUCAAGAUACAAUCUUCUUCCAAGGAACCUGAGGAAGGAGCUGAACAAGUUGUAUAUCUUGGUGAUGACAAGCCUCUUAUUGUUUCCACUUCUCAGAAAGGGAAGAAAGCUCAUCUGCCAUCAAAAACUGGAACAGGUUUGGCUGGAGGUAAUAAGCAAGAGCAGAAAAAUCCUGAACAGCCAGCUGUCAAAGGCAGGCAAUUACCAGAGUGGAAGCAACAAAUGAAAGAUGAGCAAGGACAAGGCAAAGGCAAGCAGUCACAAAAACGAAAACUCAAGAAGAUAAAGGAGAAAUACAAAGAUCAGGAUGAAGAAGACCGAAGGCUGAUGACAGAAAUGUUGCAUUCCUCAAAGAAGGAAUCCAAAGGAAAGAGAAGAAAGGCAAAGAACAAAGAGAAGGGGCAACAGGGAGAUGACAAACUUAGUGGAAAGAAAGGCAAUAAACCACCACCUCAACCUAAAAAUGCUCAAGCUCCAGCUCCAGGGGAUUUGGAUGAAGAGGAUCUGGCCCUGGAUGAAGAGGAAAAAGCUCGAGAGGAUGAAGACCAGAUACUCCUGAACAUGUUGACAGGAAUUCCACAUUCUGAGGAUGAACUUCUCUUUGCUGUCAGUGUCUGUGCUCCCUACAAUACCCUCCUCAACUACAAGUAUAAAGUGAAGCUAUUGCCUGGAACAGGAAAACGAGGAAAAGGAGCAAAAACAGCCUUGAACAUGUUCAUUAAUGAUAAAACAGCAACCCAAAGAGAGAAAGACCUACUGAAGAGUGUCAAGGACCAGGACUUGGCCCGCAACAUCCCUGGUCGAGUGAAGCUUGCUGCACCACAACUUCAAAAGCACAAAAAAAUGGUUUUAACCGAUAGUGACAAGUGCAUUAUCCAAGCACUUCGCAAAGAAAAAGGAUACUCCCUGAACAAGAUUCUUCAAGAGUAUCCCAGCCGACAGUGAAAGAAGAGUACCGUCAUUGAUUUUCUGAAAAAACUGAGAGUUACUGGAAGCGGGAAACAUCGACCUGGAAGUGGCCACCCAAAAACUGUUAGGACUGAUGAAAAUGUCCAAGCAGUUGAAGAUUUGAUUCUAAGCCAGGAAGGACAACCAGGGACUAGCAUGAGUGUGCGACAAGUGGCCAAAGAAAGUGGCAUAGACCGUUCAUCUGUGCGUCGAAUUGUAAAAAAAGACUUGAAUCUGAAAGCUUUCAAGAGAGUGACCGUCCAAGAACUGUCAGUGCCAGUGAAGAAGAAACGCCUGGACCGUUGCAAACGUCUUCUUGAGCGCUUUCCAACACCGGAGUCAGUGAAAAAAAUUUGGUUCUGAGAUGAAAAACGUUUCACCGUUGUUACGCCGUGUAACACACAAAAUGACCGUGUGCAUGCUGCUGUGAAAAAGAAGUCUGAAAUUGUUCCUGAGAGACUG